AUGACCGAAAAACCAGCAAAUUAUCUUGCUGCUAAUGGUUUUGAGAGCAAGACUCCAUUUCUUAUUGGUGUAGCUGGUGGUACAGCAAGUGGGAAGUCUACAGUAUGCCAGCGCAUCAUGGAAAAGUUGGGACAGCAGCAUAAAGAACAGACUGAACGCCGAGUGGUCUGCAUCAGUCAAGACUCCUUUUAUCGCACGCUCACGUCAUCGGAGCGGCUCAGGGCUGAGCGUGGUCAAUUCAACUUUGACCACCCGGAUGCUUUUGAUGACAAAAAAUUGCUCGCCGUUUUGAAAGAUAUUCUUGCUGGAAAGAAGGUUGAGGUUCCUGAGUACGAUUAUAUAACAAAUUCUAUUAGUCCACACCGCUCGCAUACAAUCUACCCUGCAGACGUGGUGCUAAUUGAGGGUAUACUCGUAUUCUAUUUUCCCGAAGUGCGGGACCUCUUCCACAUGAAGCUGUUCGUCGACACAGACUCGGACACGCGGCUAGCCAGGCGAGUGCCUCGAGACAUCAUGGAACGUGGACGCGACCUCGAACAAGUGCUCAACCAGUAUAUGAACUUCGUGAAGCCUGCCUUUGAGGAAUUCUGCUUGCCAACUAAGAAAUUCGCUGAUGUCAUCAUACCGAGGGGUGCGGACAACUUUGUGGCCAUUGACUUGAUCGUGCAGCACAUAUCGGAUUACUUGAGAAAAAGUCCGGUGGACAAGUUGAAUCCUAUCAGUCUGUCGCCAUCCGUGCCCGGCAGCCCACAGCGCAGCGGACUGGGCAGUCGGCCGCACUAA